AUAAAAUAAUUUGGGCUUUAAAAGACAUGUUUGGGCCUGCUAGUUUGAUUCCCUAGCCCUAAACACUCUCUCUGUCUUAUAUACUCCCUCUCCCUAUCCCUCUCCCUCUCCCUCUACCUUCUCUCCCAGACGCACCCAUUCUCAAGUUCCAGUGGACGAAAAUCAGGCAAAGGCUGCUCUCCUCUGCUCUGCUAAGCUCCGGAGGAUCAAGUUCAACACACUAGCAGAUAUCAAUGGCAGUCACAUUCUACGACCUUGGCUCUGCUGCUGGCCUAAAGAAACUUGAUGAGUACCUUUUAAGUCGCAGUUACAUUUCUGGGUAUCAGGCUUCCAAGGAUGAUAUCACUGUUCAUGCUGCUAUUUCAAAAGCUCCAUCAGAGGACUACGUGAAUGUGUCUCGUUGGUACAACCAUAUUGAGGCUCUUUUGAGGAUCUCUGGUGUGGCUGGUGAUGGUGCCGGUGUCGUUGUGGAGGGAUUUGCUCCCAUCACUGAGGAGGCAGUUGCUACCCCACCAGCAGGUGACUCGAAGGCAUCUGCUGCUGAGGACGACGAUGAUGAUAUUGAUUUGUUCGGAGAAGAAACCGAAGAGGAGAAGAAGGCUUCUGAAGAGCGUGCAGCCUCCAUGAAGGCAUCGACAAAAAAGAAAGAGUCCGGAAAGUCAUCAGUUCUGUUGGAUGUGAAGCCAUGGGACGAUGAGACAGACAUGAAAAAGCUUGAAGAGGCAGUUAGAAGUGUCGAGAUGGAGGGUUUAUUUUGGGGAGCAUCCAAACUUGUAGCUGUUGGGUAUGGUAUCAAGAAAUUGCAGAUAAUGCUCACCAUUGUGGACGAUCUGGUCUCUGUUGACUCGCUCAUUGAGGAACGUCUUACCGUUGAACCAAUUAAUGAGUAUGUCCAGAGUUGUGAUAUUGUGGCCUUCAACAAAAUAUGAUCUAAGCCCGUUGUGAUUUGAUUGCAGAGAGUUUGUCAUCGGGGUUGAAGAUCUUUAUUUAUUGUGCCUAUGCUUCAAAUUUUCAUAUUCCUAUUUUGGUUUUUUUGGAUAUGAUGGUAUCUUGUCAAAUUUUGGAUCUACAGUCCUAGAAAUGAGGAUUUGCAUAUGCCUUUGUUGUGA